UGACAUCUUACACAUCCUAAAUUCUGGAUGGCGGCUCGAUGGAAUAUGAGAAAAUAAGGUUAGCAGAGAAAGCGCAGGAGCUAGGAGAUAUCGAGCUUGCAGUGCUACUCUGCCUCGUUGCUGAGGCGCACUGUAUCAUUGAGGCAGAUGUCGAAGACAUUGAGCAGGCCGAAAAAGAAAUACAGUCAAUAUGCCACAAGACGUUCGGCUUGACAACUGCGACUCUGAAUUGCACAGCAGAUAUGAGCCUCGACGACUUCGAUGCUCACAUCCUGGUGUAUGAUGCUGCAGAGGUAGUCACGCCAACAGCGAAUCAACACAUUCAGGAGGAUUAUUUCUCUUCUUCGGAUGCGAUUUCUAAGAGAACCAAGAUGCUAGGGUUUGAAGAUGAUGGAAAGAUUGCCGAUGUCAUCGUUGCUCGCGACCUUCAUCUUGCCCCUGUCGAGGUUCAAGUUCAAGCAUUAGAGUUGAUGCGCGGCAAACGAGUAUUCACGCGGAGAGCUUUAUAUACUGCACCCAAACGAUUCGUGCUCGUGGCCUUGAAUACAGCUGAUAAAGGACCAAAAAUGAUGUUACAUUUGAACAACCAUUUUUCCAUAUCACAUUUUUACCAGCACCCGGACUCUUCAGCAGCAAGUGAUAUCUUUGACCAUGAGAAUACAUCAACAAGAUCUAAUGUACGGUCACGACCAUCAAUACCGGCAUUCCCUCGACAAUCAAGUGGCAUUAACCCUUUUCUACCCUUCUUUCAGAAAUACGAAAUCGACGAAAUUGCAAAGUUAUCUUCUAGGGUAAAAUUGCAUCCUGAUGUGCGUGCCUACAUGCACAAUAUUGUCGUUUUUAUGAGGAUGCACCGCGCUGUAGCCUCUGGUGUAACUCCGCACGCUACUCGAAGCUUGUAUUCUCUAACGAGCGCACUAGCCUCGCUACAUGGUUUAGAUUUUAUCACGCCGAGUUUAGUGGCUCUAGCUGUUCGCAAGAUAUAUCCACAUCGGUUGGUGAUUGUUAAGCCAGAGGAUGAGAUGUCAUUACAGUGGGGAAGUGAACUGGAUGCGGUCAGAGAAUAUCUAGAUGGAAUCACUGCAGAAGAUGUCAUUGACGAUGUGUUGGGCAUGGUAGAAACACCAUUGUAACACAUUGCAAAAAUGAGAGGGUUUGAUUGCAAUCAAGAAGGCAAGGCCUUGGUGGCGACUGAUAUUUAAUUGAAACUUUUGAUAA